AUGGGCACAAGGAAUCACACCGGUGUGACUGACUUCAUCCUCAUGGGGCUGACGGAUUCUGCAGAGACACAGCUGGUCCUCUCCGUGCUCUUCCUCCUGAUUUACCUGAUUACUGUGCUGGGGAACAUGGGGAUGAUAUUGAUCAUUCGCCUGGAUCCCCAGCUGCACACACCCAUGUACUUUUUUCUCACUCACCUGUCAUUUCUUGACUUCAGCUACUCAAGUGUUGUCACCCCUAAAACCUUACAGAACUUACUGACUUCCACCAAGAGCAUCUCCUACCUCCAGUGCUUCACACAGAUGUAUUUCUUUAUACUUUAUGUUGCUGCUGAAUGUUUCCUCCUGUCCUCCAUGGCCUAUGAUCGCUAUGUGGCUAUCUGCCGCCCACUACACUAUCCAGUCAUUUUGUCCACAACUUUGUGCCGUGCUCUGCUAGCUGGCUCCUAUGUUGUUGGCUUUGUGGAUUCCACUGUGGUUGUGGUUUCCAUGAGCACACUGCAUUUCUGCAACACUAAUGUCAUCCAGCACUUUUUCUGUGACUCAUCUCCAAUAUUAGCACUGUCUUGCAGUGAUACACACAAGGCUGAAAUCAUUAUAUUUAUUUUUGCUGGCUUCUCCCUAAUAGUGUCCCUCAGCACCAUAUCUGGAUCCUAUCUGUCCAUCCUCUCCACUAUCUUAAAAAUUAAUUCCGCCACUGGAAAGAAAAAAGCCUUCUCUACCUGUGCCUCCCACCUCCUGGGAGUCACCAUCUUCUACAGCAGCACAAUCUUCACUUACCUAAAACCAAAGUCAUCCUACUCCUUGGGCAGGGAUCAGGUGGCUUCUGUGUUUUACACGAUUGUGAUCCCCAUGCUGAACCCUCUCAUUUACAGUCUCAGAAACAGAGAGGUGAAGAGCGCUGCCCUGAGAGUCCUGCAGAAGAGAGAGGGUUCUAAAAAAUUAAAAUACUAG